AUGGUUUAUCAUCGCGACCAAAUCCUUGUCACCGAUGCAAAGGUCGUGCUUUGCCACGCAACAUCGACCGCUGAUUUGCUCCAUAAGGUUAAAGUCCACAUCACCGAGGUGGAAGCACAAAGAACAAUGCGGACUGAAACAUAUCAAGUGGUGGUGAUUGAAAGAACACGAAUAUGCCAUGAUGUCGUACCUUCAACUGCCUUCAGUCACGACCGUCAAGCUAUGAACCGACAAGCAUACAUGGUCAUAGAGAAACGAAGUGAAGGCGAAGGUGCACGAGAACAAGCGGUUUUACCACGCCUUUCUCGAGAACAAGACACCGACAACUAGCAGAAAUACUAUGAAGUGAAGAGAGCCGCAAAACAAGCUGUUAGUUACUGUAAUGAAAGCUUUACUUUUACUAUAACGAGGUCAACAGGAAAGGAACUCUCGGUACGCGAGAGUGCAAACGCUUUAUCUACCCACUAAUAAAGUCCCGUCAUAGAAAAACCGAAGAUGUCGAAGUUUUACGACAUCAAUGACAAACGAGACCAUCUUCUUGUGGACCAAAAAUGUAGUGAAAAAUGGUGCGAAAUUCGAGAAAGUGUGUACCAUCCACCCUAUUCCCCAAGCUGUCCCAACCUAUGGCUCCGUACAGCCAUGGAUGGAGAAAUUGAGGCAGGACUGAAACGGAUGAAAUCCGGCAAAGCAACUGGUGCGUUCGAUGAGUGUGGAAGUCAAAAUUUUGGUACGCCGC